GGCAGCUUCAGAAAUUCUCUGGAUGUGACUGUAGAUCUUCCUCUAAUUCUACAAAUCCACUGAAAUUGAGUGAGUGAUAACCACAAAAACAAAAACAACAACAAAAACAAGUUGUCACACUAAUUUAAGAAUGUGCACAACAAAGCCGAUUUAGAAAAGAACAUUAAAUUGCAGAGCAUGAUGAGUAGUCCGAUCAGUUAACUAGAUCAGUCGAAGGGUUUCGGUUGGGUAGAGCGCGUACAAAAUCUAUACGAGAAAUACAGAAAUAAAGCUCUGAUUGUGAUUCGUGAUUCGCGAACAGAUUGAAUGAAUUGACUGAAAACUGAAAACUAGAAUUAAAUACGACGAGUGUGUAAAACAGCGAAAAUAAAAAGAUUAUAAUUGUUUUUGUUAUUUCUUGUUUUAUUAUUUAUUCAUUGUGUAGUUUCACAAAUAUAAUAUUAAUUUAGUUUGUCGUUAGUCGCUUGUGUAUUUAGCAGUGAUAGCGCGAAACAGUCGUCAUAUUGAAGUGGAAGAGAAUUGCCUGUAUGCAAUGGCAUAUUUUGGGAUUUAUCAAUUGCAGCUUUUGGUUUGCGUGGCUCUGGUAGCAUUUUGUAUAGCUGAAACGCAAAUAAAUUUGUCACAAAUCAUCAGAGAUACACCGUUCAAUAAGCAUGUUACCCAACAAUUACAAAAUACUGGAGAUGAUCAAUCAGCUUUAGCGCAAAACACGCAAAAUGUUCCUUCAACAUUAAUACAAGGUACUACACUAAAUGGUCCUCCAGCACCUCCAACACAUAAUGUUCGACCACAAUUAAAUCAUAAUGGUCGUCCAGCACUAACACAGAAAGGUUCUCCAGCAUUAACGUAUUAUACUGAUCCAGCAAUUACAACAAAUGUAGUACAAAACUCAAAACCAGUCUCACCGCCUGUACCCCCACCGCCUGCGAUCUCACCGCAACCAUCAGCUUAUCCUCACAGUAUACCAUCAAAACCGUACGAGCUAACAUUAUCAGAUAAAAUAGCUUUGAACAUCCUCGGAUUCGCAAAUGACAUUGGACAACAGCUAAACAAUAAUGCGUACAGUAGCAAGUGUGAGGUGUUCUCUCCGUUGAGCAUAAUGUCGGCGCUCGCAUUAUUGAUGCUUGGCGCUAAGGGCAAAAGUUAUCAAGAACUGGCAGCUCUGUUUGGUAUUUACUAUGACGCCGAAUUUGCUCGCGAUACUAGCAAAUUUCAUGACGAGUUCGCGCAAAUGCUUGAAGACCUUCAAUGGCCAGAUCAGUACUCACUUCGCGAUCGCCUUAACGCCGCUUGGAAGAGUACGGGUUCAAAUUCACGUAAAAAGCAAUCAAACAACAAUAAGGCAAACCGGCCCACGGAACAUAUAAUUCGAGUUGCAAAUGGUUUAUUCACACAAAGCGGAUAUAGCUUAAAUCCAGAUUAUAGCAAUAUUGUAAAAUCAGUUUACCAUUCGGAAUUAGAACCCUUAGAUUUCAAUGGUAGAUCAGGAGAAGCACGUAACUUCAUUAAUGCAUGGGUCAAUAGCAGAACUUUUGGAAAAAUUCGUAAUAUCGUACAUGGUGAUUUGCCGAAAGAUACAAAUGUUAUUAUUGCAAGUACGCUUUACUUCAAAGGCUUCUGGGAGACACCGUUCUUUGCUGCAGUAACAGUUUCUGACGAUUUUUAUCCAGACGGUCCAGAUGGCCCCAGUGUUAAAGUACCAAUGAUGGGUACUGGUGGUGUUCUGCCAUUUUAUGAUGCUGUUGAAUACGACUGCAGAAUUAUUGGUUUACCAUACGUUGGUAAUGUGACAACUAUGUAUGUGAUACAACCGAACUAUUCGACACGUCUUAAAUUGAGACAAUUCCUAUCAACAUUAGAUGCACAAAAAAUUGAAGAUAUGAUCUCAAGAAUGACAUUGAAGACAGCAGUUCUUGCCUUACCAAAAAUGCAUUUUUCACGUAGUCUAAAUAUUAAGGAUAUGCUUUAUCGCAUGAAUGUAAAUGAUAUAUUUGUGAGUGGUCAAAGUGAUCUCUCAUUGAUCAGUAAUGAUCAGAUUACAUAUUCUGUAUCACAACAACAGACUCCAACCAGUCAAGUACAAAGUCAUGUACAAUCCAGUGUACCACAACCACAACCAGUAAGGGAUAAUAAUCGAAAUACGUUUGUAUUUAGCCCAACUGUAGAUAAUGGAAAUGGAAAUUCCGGUUUGAUUCGUAAUGCGAAACAAAACUCCAGACCUAAGAGAGAUGUUGCCGAUCCUAAAAUUAAGCGUAGUUUCGUUAAUUUAGAGACUGAACGCAAUACACAGAGAAGCACCAAAUCAAAUCUAUUCGUAGAAGAUAUAGUACACAAGGUAGAUUUCGAUGUGAACGAGUAUGGCACAGAAGCUGCUGCAGCCACUUUAACAUACCUAAGACGUUCCGGUACUGAUGUACACUUCCGCGCAGAUGCACCGUUCUUACUGCUUAUACGGCAUGAUCCAACAAAAUUACCACUAUUCUAUGCUAUCAUAAACGAGCCGGAAUCUUAAACAGCCUAGCUUAGUAUUUAAUUAUAUACCAGCAACAUAAUUGACAUGUUGGUGCUUAUGUGCUUUAAACUGCAUUUAACUCUUUCCCAAUAGAAAUUCACUGUGUUAAUUUAUCGAACAAAUUUUGUUAAGUUUUUAUUUAUAUAACUUUUAUUUAAAUAUAUUUUUCGCGAUUAUUAGCUCGUUAAUAAUGUAAUAUUUUGUUAAGCAAAGCAUGACAAAUAUUUAAAUAUACAUAUAUAAGUAUGUACUAUGACUUUAAAUAUGUAGGUAUAUAAUCGUAUAAUACUUUCAACUGCAAGUCUCGAAUUUUAGAAACUCUAAAAUAAUAAACUAAAAUA